GAAUUGGGUAUGUGAAUGAUCUUUAAACUAAAUCUACACUGUAAAAGUGCAUUGUGUGCGGUGUGAGGGCGGGGCCAUGGGCCAUAGAUGUGAACGUCUUAUGUUGUCAUUUUGUUACUGUGGUUCCGUUGCUGCUGGUGUAUGUCGCUAGCCAUAGCAUGGUACAUUAAUUGUGGCAUUUAAAAUAGAUAAAUAUUGAUCAAAUUUAACCAAAUAUUAAUCAAAUAUUUUGGGCGGUUUUGUGUGCGUUUGGGCGGGUUUUGGACCGUUUUUGGGCUGGAAACCUUCAACUCUAUCUGGCAACACUGACAGUGUGGACAACUGAUUCUGUGCUAAUGUUACGAGCGCACGUGAACCGAGGACUUAAAAUAUAUGGAGCAAUCUGGCAAAGCCCUUUUGAUUUGUGUCAAUGGAAAGUGAGUGGAGUUUCGCGUUAGAUGAUGAAGACCUAGUUCAUUGUCCCGAUUCUGUCGUGAUUCCCCCUGAUCCCUCCCCAUGGAUCAGCUCAUCCACCGGCAUCUGGUCCACUGAGAACAGCUUACCAGCAGUAUUAAAUGAAUAUGCUGAAGACCCACACAACACAUUUCCACUCGGCAAAGAAACCCACAGCCAAACCGCACAGACAGAGAACAGCACAGAGGAAAGAUCUACAAACACAAACGAGGAUUGGAAAUCAGACAUGCGUUCUAUAGACGACUGCAGAAUGAAGUUGACCCAAGAGUAUGAGGCUCUUUUGAAGCAGCAUGCAGCAGAAAAGGAUGAACACAAUCUCUGUGUCAGCAAUCUACAGAAGACCAUACAAGAAACGGGUCAUCGAUACAAGGGUUUUAUACAAAAAAUUGAGUCCUUGCAAACGAAACUGGAGCUGAAUAGCAGCAAGACCACACGGAAAAACUUCAUGAUAAAACGGCAAGAGCUUACUGCUGAAAAAGAAGGAAAGGAAAAGGAGAAAACAAGACUGGCUCAGGAGCUGGAGGACACAGACAAAAAAAUAAAGAUGCUAAAAGAGGAGCAGAGUCAAGAGAAACUGACUUGGGAGAAGGAAAUAGCUGAUUUAAGGGUGGAAAUGGAGACGCUUUGCAGGCAGGCAGAGCAAGCCAAUCAGACAGCACUAAGCGAUGAGAUGGCUGCACUUGAGAUGCAAAAGGAGCUUGCCGUUUCUGAGGUGGAGGACUGGAUUGCAGACACAGAAAGAUAUCUUAAUUAUCUUAGAUUAAAUCCUUCCCAGCAGAAUUUGCACCAACGACAGAAAUGGGAGCAGAAUUUGGUGAUGGUCCGCAACAAUCCGACAGUAUUAAAGAAUAAGUUUAAUGAUCACCGUCAGCUCCUGCAGAGAGGUGAACAGUUGGAGAAUUUGCCACAAAUCCCUCUCCCCUCACUUCCACCAGUGCCUAUAUUCGAGCUAAUAAUAACUUCACUUCAGAAUCCUGUAUCCCAUCCAGUUUUCAGCACUGGUCCACCCACUAGCACACCUUCUUUCAUUCAUCCCCAGAUUCACCCCUCUGCCACACCACCCCAAGUGGCCACACCCCCACUUUCUGCUCCAUCUCAAAACACACUUUAUCCACCUGCCGUCUCUGCUAUGGGUCCACCAUCCCAAAUAUUCAUACCAACCAGCUCUCUGCCUCAACCACUACAUCUUUCACAUGUCACACCUGUACCGCCACAGAUGCACCCUGGCAUUCCAGGUGUCUCUCUUGCACCUCCUGUUGCCUCAGCAGCAACCUAUGUGGGAUUACCAAAUAAUCCUAGAGCCGCUUUUUAUCCCCAAGCAACAGUGCGCCCUCCCCAAACAUUAGUGCAGACCACUACACGAAACUCUUCCCCUCAACCCCUUCCGUCAAACCCUUCACCGGCAGGCAAACUAGACAAGGUGCUUGAGAAAUUGGGCUCACAUUUCCCACAAAGCACAAGAGAUCAGUUAACAAGGGUUCUACAGCAAAUCAAGAGUGAGCGUGGAACUAUGGCUGGUCUGUCGAUGGAUCACAUUAUUUCUCAAGUUGCACAGAAACUCGCACAGAACCAGAGACCUCCACCGGGGCCUAUAGCGCCUCCGUCUGGAGCUAGGCCUUUUCCUGGUUCAGUUGGUCCGAUCCAGCAUCCACCAGCUCAACUGCUGCAUCCCAUGAGGCCUCAUUUCCGUGCCCCUGUCGCUCAAGUCUUUCACACAAGACCCCCACAGCCCUCUGCCCGGAAAUUUUGUUUGAUAUGCCAGAACUCAGUGGAUGCUGGAAACCAAUAUAGCACAAACUGCUCUCAUACAAUGCACAAAGAUUGUGUCAGUGUUUGGCUCAAGACCAGCAAGAACAAUUCUUGUCCCUUCUGUCCCUCCAAAUGAGUACCGAGAAUACACAUUCAUACUUACAAUGCAAUUAAUUUGAAGUUAGAAGUUGAAAUAAUUAUAAUAGUUAUUCAGACGAACAGUUAUUCAGUGAGCCAAGCUUUUGUAUUUCCAUGGUACAGUAGGUAUCAGUUUAAUGAUCGAAAUCCUUUCAAUAUGAAUUGUACUUAUCUUCAAUAUUUAUUGACUGUAGUUGCAAAGGUUUUCAGUACAUUACGUAUGUUCUGUGAAGGCCAUGUAACAUGUUUGCAAACUUUUUAUAUCACAUGAAACUGUAUGACUACGUGUUUCUGUGGUUUAUUUUGUAUUUUUUGAGAAUAAACAUGUACAUUCAUGUAAAUUUAAAGGGACAGUUCACCCAAAAAUAAAAAUUGUGAUCAUUUACUCACCCUCAAGUUGUUCCAAGUCUGUGUAAAUUUGAAUGGAAGAAUGCUGGUAACCAAAUAUGACUACCAUAGUAGGAAAAAUUACAAUGGUAGUCAAAAGUGCCCCAGAACUGUUUUCUGUUGUGCUUUCAUACAUUCUUCAAAAUAUUUUGUGUUCAACAGAACAAAGAAAUGUAUAAAGCAAAUUUUACUACUAUGGCAGUCAAUGUUGGCCAAGAACUGUUUGGUUUAAAGAAAUGUGUAGAGAUUUGGAACACCUUCAUGGUGAGUUGAUGAUAUCAUUUAUAUUUGUGGGUGAACUGUCCCUUUAAAUGGCUUUGUUGAGAUUUUUAUACUUUUAAGAAAAUAUAAAUGUAUCUUUGUGCUAAUUAAAAUAACAAACUGUAGCUCUUUGUAAAAUGCAAAAUUAAAAAGAUUUAUAAUUUUGAACUACUGUAAA